AUGGCCACCCUCGAGCGCGCCUCACGCUGGGCCGGCGCCAUUGCGAUCUUCGAAGCGCUGCCGCGGCAGUCCCUGGCGCCCAGCGGCGCCUCCUUGACCACCGCCCUGCUGGCGUUGCGCUCCGGUUCCCUCUGGCAGGCUGCACUGUCGCUGCUUGCCGUCGCGAAGAAGCCGGAUCUGCGGAGCCAGAACGCGGCCUUGGCGGCUUGCGAGGCCGGAUCUGCCUGGCCGGCGGCGCUGGCGCUGUUUGCGCGGGCGCCGCCCGGGGAGCUCGUGGCGCGGAACACCACGAUUUCGGCCUGUGCCCAAGGCAGCCAGUGGUCUCAUUGCUUGGACCUCCUACGAUCCGCAAGCGCUCGGCGCUGGGCGCUGGAUGUGAUCAGUUUUAACAGCACCCUCAGCGGCCUCGCCGUGGGCCGCUGCUGGGACCGUGCGACGCUUUUGCUUGAGGAGAUGCGACAAGGCCCCAUCACUCCCAACGUCAUCUCCUAUAACACGACCAUCAGCUCCUUCGUGGACUGGGAAGGACUUCCGUCAUGGGGCGUGAGUCCUGGUAACUGCACGUUUUGGUUUCGAACUCAUACUACGCCGAUCCGAAAGCCUUAA